AUGGGCCCUUCGACUAUACAGCUCAGGCGAAAAGAGCAGAACGGCCAUUUUGAUUCCGGAAAGUCAGCCACAGCUGGCCACAUGAUGCUCGAGUUCGGUGCCGUCGAUGAGGAUACCAUGGAUGAUCUUGAAGAUGAAGCCUCCAACGCAGGAUGGGAAUCGUCCAAAUACGCUUGGAUUUUCAAUAAACUCGAUAAUGAGAUUGUCGACGAGACUAAAAUUAUUCUUAACAGACUGGGCUAUAACAGCGAUAAGGUCCCCUUUGUGCCUAUUUCUGGUCUGGAUGGGGAUAAUAUCUCGGAGGCUAGGGACUCGGCUGAUUCGUCUUGGUACCAUGGUUGGUCGAGGUAUGUUAAUGGGAUUACGGAAUAUCCCAGGAAAACCCUCCUCGAGACCAUCGAUGACAUGCACCUCCCUGGCCAAAAACCCACGGGUUCCUUUAGACUACCUAUCCAAAACGUCUGCCACACCCCCAACGUCGGUACGGUAGUCACCGGCACCGUUGUAGCGGGGACCUGCUGGCCUGGGAUGUACGUGACCCUGGCCCCGAAUAACAUCCCCGUGCAAUCCAUGCAGCAACACCACGAGUCCCUCGACGAGUGCAGCACGGGUGCCAUCGUAGGCUUAUGUUUUGGCUACACGGAUUCCGACGGCGACGACCUUGAUAUCCGCCGUGGCGAGGUCGUUAGCGACUCCGACAACCCCGCAAGUAACUGCUCCUCGUUUACGGCGCAGAUCAUCGUCACCAGUCACCCCGAUAAUAUCAAGUCCAGGUAUACGCCUGGUGUGCACUGCGGGACCGGUCGGGCGCCGUGCAGAUUCGAGAUUCUGGAUACGAUGGAGGCACGGGCUGGGCGGCGGAUUGGGAGGAAGGAGGCGAAGAAUGUGCAGGCUGCUAUGAUUAGGAUGACGCCGUUCUGUGUUGAGGGGCUUUCUGAUUAUUCUGCGCUUGGGAGGGUUGUUGUGAGGGAUUUGGGGAGGACUGUUGCUGUGGGGUCUGUGAAGUCUGUUGAGAAGUGCUGA